ACCGCCUCCCACCGUUUGGGGUGACAAGUUGCCAUUCAAUACUAUUUGCGGAGAAUACAGCAAUGGGAACGGUGGUUGGAUUCAUAGUGUUGCAUUCUCACCUAGCGGAGACGCGUUGGCUCUUUGUGGCCAAGACGCACAGGUAACGGUCGUCUAUCCUGGAAAACACACAUCCGAGAUAAAACUUUCAGGACUACCGUUUUUGAGUCUUGUUUGGGUGUCCGAGUCUAGAAUAGUAGCUGCUGGCUUCGACUGUACUCCUGUCUUGCUAGAGACCAAAGAUGAUGUUAACUGGCAAGUUUCAAAAGUAAUUGAUGCUGGAAAAAAGAAGGCAGCGGGAGAAGCCACUGUGAUCAAUAGGUUUCGUCAGAUGGACAAGCGUGGUAUCGCUCUGGACAGCGAGAGCGGAAAUUCGGAUUUAGCCACCGUUCAUCAAAAUACGAUUACGUUGGUCCGUAGUUACGACGGAUCGCAUGACUACGUUUCAACGAGCGGGGUCGAUGGAAGACUGGUUAUUUGGAAUAUAAAGCACACUUGA